AUGUUGGGCUACAUUUGGCUUUUUUGUGGUCUGUUUGCAGUUGCUGUGCCACAGGAUGUGACAACCUUUUUGAAUCAAUUCAAUCAGAAUGCAGAAGGCCUGUAUUAUGAAAGUUCACUUGCUUCGUGGGCCUACAACACCAACAUUACAGAAGAGAAUGCCAAGAAGAUGAAUGAAGCAGAUGCCAGAUGGUCUGAGUUUUAUGAUAAAGCAUCUAACAAUGCCAGUAAGUACACAAUAGUUGAGAAUAUGGAUCCUCUUAUCAGACUCCAGCUUCAGUCUCUUCAAGACAAAGGAUCAUCAGCAUUACCAGCAACAAAAUACCAAAGACUGAACUCUAUUUUAAGUAAGAUGAGCACCAUCUACAGUACUGGGACUGUCUGUAAACCUGGAGAUCCUUUUAACUGUUUACUGCUAGAGCCAGGUUUGGAUGUUGUUAUGGCUAGUGGGACUGAUUAUUCAGAGAAACUCUGGGCUUGGCAAGGUUGGAGAGCAGACAUUGGCAAGAAGAUGAGGCCACUGUAUGAAGAAUAUGUUGAACUGAAAAAUGAAGCUGCAAGGAGUAAUAAUUAUAAUGACUAUGGAGAUUACUGGAGAGGAAAUUAUGAAACAGAUUUUCCUCCAGAAUAUAGAUACAGUCGUAACCAGCUCAUUGAUGAUGUAGAACGGACAUUUGAGCAGAUAAAACCUUUAUAUCAGCAACUGCAUGCUUACGUGAGAUACAAGUUGGAACAGGUCUAUGGCUCAGAUCGCAUCAGCAAAACAGGAUGUCUUCCUGCCCAUUUACUUGGUGACAUGUGGGGAAGAUUCUGGACAAAUUUGUAUCCCUUGACAGUUCCCUAUCCAGACAAACCAAACAUUGAUGUAACUAAUACAAUGGUCGAAAAGAACUGGAAUGCUUCAAAAAUAUUUAAAGCAGCUGAGAACUUUUUUGUUUCCAUUGGCCUCCCUCCAAUGACUCCAGGUUUCUGGAUCAAUUCUAUGCUUACUGAGCCUAAUGAUAGAAAGGUGGUUUGCCAUCCUACAGCUUGGGAUAUGGGAAUGAAGGAUUACAGGAUCAAGAUGUGCACCAAAGUGACUAUGGAUGACUUCCUGACAGCACAUCAUGAGAUGGGGCAUAUUGUAUAUGACAUGGCAUACUCCAACCUUACUUUCCUCCUAAGAAGUGGUGCUAAUGAAGGAUUCCAUGAAGCAGUAGGAGAAAUCAUGUCACUUUCUGCAGCUACUCCAGAGCAUUUGAAAUCUAUUGGCCUUCUAGAACCUACUUUUCAGGAAGACAGUGAUACUGACAUCAACUUCCUACUCAAACAAGCCCUCACAAUUGUUGGAACAAUGCCUUUUACUUACAUGCUAGAGAAGUGGAGAUGGAUGGUAUUUCGUGGUGACAUUCCAAAAGAGGAGUGGAUGAAGAAGUGGUGGGACAUGAAGAAAGAAAUAGUUGGUGUGGUUGAACCAGUGCUUCAUGAUGAAACAUACUGUGACCCUGCAGCCCUGUUCCAUGUGGCCAAUGAUUACUCUUUCAUAAGAUAUUACACAAGGACCAUUUAUCAGUUCCAGUUUCAGGAGGCACUUUGCAAGGCUGCUAAACAUACAGGUCCUCUUUACAAAUGUGACAUUACCAAUUCCAUGGCAGCUGGUGACAAAUUGCGGAACAUGCUUUCCUUGGGGAGGUCACAACCAUGGACCCAGGCAUUAGAAGGUGUGACGGGAGAAAAGACAAUGAAUGCAACACCCUUGCUCCACUACUUUGAGCCCUUAUAUCAGUGGCUGCAAAAGAAUAACACCAAUAGGCGCAUUGGCUGGAAUACAACCUGGACACCAUAUGCUGCCAAUGCAAUCAAAGUACGGAUCAGUCUGAAAUCAGCACUCGGAGACAAGGCAUACAUAUGGGAUAAAAGUGAGCUUUUUUUGUUCAAGUCAUCAAUUGCCUAUGCCAUGAGAAAGUAUUUCUUAGAGGUCAAGAAUGAGAACGUUGACUUCCAGAGUGAAGAUAUCCACGUAGAUUCUGUGACACAGAGAAUCUCCUUCUCUUUCAUUGUCAGCAUGCCUGGAAAUACCAGUAAUGUUGUUCCCAAGUCUGAUGUGGAACAAGCUAUCAGAAUGUCUCGUGGAAGAAUCAGUGAGGCUUUCAAACUGGAUGACAAGACGCUUGAGUUUGAGGGCAUUCUUCCAACACUGACCCCACCAUUUGAACCACCUGUCACCAUAUGGCUAAUAGUGUUUGGAGUAGUCAUAGGCAUUGUAGUAGUUGGAAUCAUUGUCUUGAUCUUCACUGGGCAGAGAGACAAAAAAAAGAAAAAGAAAGCAAAAGCAAAUGAACUGGUAAAAUGUGACCUGAGUCAUCUUUCCUCUGUUGGUGGAGAAAACAAUGCUGGGUUUGAACCAAGUGAAGAUAGACAAACAUCAUUUUAGAAGAUAAUGUGGAUUUUCUAUUUAAGUUUUUGUUUUCAUAUUGGUUUUGACAACACUUCAGGGGAAAGGACAAAUAAUACAGAUGUCAUUAAGCAUUAUAAGGCCUGAUAUUUUCAAGAAACUACCCAUACACAGUCUAAGGCAACUAAAUGACUUGUUUGCCAUUUAAGGAUUAAAUAUAUGCUGCACAGAAAUGCAACAUGUA